UUUCAAACUCGAACCCCCUCUCCCCGCCUCGAGCAUCGACCGGAGGGGGAAGGCAAGGCGCCGAUACGUUCUCGGAAUCCGAGGCGAAGCGGGGUGGGGAUCGGAUGGUGGAGGCUAGCGCGAGCUUCAUGGAUAAGGUCGAGGCGGCUGCAGGCGACGCCGUCGUCUACGGGGGCAGCGUCGGCGUCGCGGACGCAAGGAUGGAAGAUGAGAUGGCGCCCGUGGAACCCCUGCCGGAGCCUCCCGACGAAGGCGGGCCCGUUGCGUGGCCCAUGCCGGAGUUCUGCCCUCUUACGGUCGAUGGGGCGCUGAAGGAGUCGUUCCUGGAGACUCUGUGGAAGGACGCUGCGCCGGAGAUGGAGCGGCCUGCGCGAGAGGCGGACGAAGCGCUCAGCCCGGAAUCGCGGCCGUCGAGCAGCAAGCGCCACCGCUCCGGCACCGCCUCGCCGUCGUCCAGGAGCAGCCCCUACCGCAACAUCCUGCAGGUGUUCCAGCAGUGCAGGCAGGACGUCGUCGGGGAGACUCUCACCAAGAAUUACUGAAGCCCACGAGCGAUAUCACGGCUUUUCGCCGCUUGCUUGCUCGAGAAUAUAACGCUUGCCAUUUUGACUAUUCUUAUUUAUGUGACUGAAAAGGGAUAGGGAGUUUUUUGUUCUUGUGUAAAGAUCGGAUAUAAAAGUUACAGGACCUUAGUAAAGAACGCCAUAGAAAUGCAGUUCGAUAUUUCCUUUUUC